AUCAUCCUUCCAGUAUCCUAAAUAGAUGGACAAACACUAGCUAGUGACCUCUAAGUGCACAAGUACUAAUUUGGCCUAAUUUAAAAUACUCACCAUUUCAUUUCUCUGCUUAGAUGGCAAGGUCUCAUUUUCUUCUACAUUCUCCUAAUCAAAUGAAGUAGGCGAGGACAACCGCCCUUUGACAAGAAAUUUGUGGACGUCCGGUAACAAGUAAAUGAUGGAAAAACUAACGGCACUAUGGCAGAUGUGGCUUGUUGUGAGGUGACUGGUGGAGUGUAAUUUUAGUAUUUGGACAUGGUUAAUUAAUUCCAACAGUUUUUGCGGGCAGUUGAAAGCAAGAAAUGGGGAGCCUCUGAGAGCCCUAUUUUUUCGUCCAAAUAGUAACCUUUUAGGGAUACUGACACGUCACACGUAUAGGUGAAGUAUUAUUUGUACACGAUUUUGAAAGCCCCAUCUUUACUCUCUACCUCUGCAAAAAACAAUACGUGAAGGCAAAGCUUUUCUGUUCGAGGAAAUGGCAAGCACGGAGGAAGCAAAUGGAAUUGCAGACGGCUCUGAUCAGACAUCUCCGGCUGCCGACGUAGAUAAAGAUUUGAAUCCUGACCGGAACAAGGAUUUUGAGUUUGAUCCCAUUUCGUCCCAAGUGGCAACCUCAAACGAGAUUAAGGAGCAAAGUGAAGCGGCGAAAAAGAAAGAGAGGGAAAAGAAGGAUGUGCUGCAAACGCUCAAGUCUGCCAUUAUUGUUUCUGGGAUCAUCGUCGCUGUGGCCGGGGCUGUCUUUGCCAUAACUAAGAAAUUGAAAGAGAAAUGAAGCUUACAAUUGGAUGCUAGUGAACUAAUUGGCAUUCUUCUCAAGUUUUGUCGCUGUUUAUUAUUAUAUUAUAAUUAUCUUUUUUCAUUUCAUUUUUCUUGGUAAUCGCUAUAUCCAUACAGACAUUCUUGUACUAGAUUAAUGAUUUCAGUGGAAGUUUGAAAAAACAUGCAGCUAAUACUACUACUUCAUUGUUAACUGCAUUGUUGUAAUACUAGUACAUAAAUAUUCUCGGUAAAUACGAAG